CAAAAUAUGAAUCAAACUCCAAAGGAUUCGCCUCAAGCCAUUGCUUACAAGAAAGGCGAUAUUGUUUGGGUUCUUUAUCGAGGGAAAGAAUUCUAUCCUGCUCGGGUUAAUGCUUAUUAUCCAAAGGAGAGGAAGAUUUCUCAUAUUUGGUUUCCACUUAACCGUAAAUCUAUUAGCGCGAUUUUCAAGGCUGAUUUGAGCAGGGUUCGCCCUUUUAAGCUCGAAGAUUCUUUGCCGGACAAUGCUUCUCAAGAAUUGGAAUAUUCGUAUGAUCAAGCAGUGAGGAUCUUACAAGGAACUAGCAUUGAAGAAAUUUUGGAAGAAAAUGAUCGAAUGAUGGAGGAGAUGGGUAUUCCUGUUCAGGUCAAUUUUGUGGCAAUUGUGAAGAAUCCGAGGACACACUUGAAUCCCGACUACACACAGUCAAUCAAUCAAUUGAUUGGAAAAAUUUCAGAAUCUCGAUAA